AUGGAGAACCAUUUUAGAUCCAGUUUUUGUGUCUUGAUCAUUCUAGUUUGUGUAAGCUUUUGUGGGUUUGGUUCGGUUUCUUGUGGAGAGAAUCGAAGACCCAAAAACGUUGAGGUUGCUGUUCGGGCUAAGUGGGAGGGUACUCCAAUUUUAUUGGAAGCUGGGGAAUUACUAUCUAAGGAAGGGAAAGACCUUUAUUGGGAGUCCAUUGAUACCUGGCUUCAUUCAGUGAAGGAGGAAGAUGAUUCUUAUACGGCUAAAGAUUGCCUGAAAAGAAUUAUUAAACAUGGACAUGCGCUUUUAAGUGAGCCAUUGGCCUCACUAUUUGAUUUUUCUCUUAUUCUAAGAUCUGCAUCCCCAAGAUUGGUGCUUUACAGACAGUUGGCAGAAGAGUCUCUUUCUUCUUUUCCACUUUUGGAUGAUAGUUCCUCGAACAAUGCUAGCGGGGGCCUUGAAGAAACCAAUGAAAACAAUGAAGUGAAAAGGUCAGAUCCCAUGCUUGUGGGCAGAAAUCCUGAAAUCCCUGGUGGGAAGUGCUGUUGGGUAGAUACUGGUGCAGCAUUGUUCUAUGAUGUUGCAGAGUUGCUAUUGUGGCUUCGUAGCCCUACUGGACUGGCAGGGAACUCGUUUCAGCAACCUGAACUAUUUGAUUUUGAUCAUGUUCAUUUUGAAUCACAUCCUGGAAGUCCAGUUACUAUUUUGUAUGGAGCUCUUGGAACUGAUUGCUUUAAGGAGUUUCAUUCCACCUUAGUGAAAGCUGCCAAAGAGGGGAGGGUAAAAUAUGUAGUUAGACCUGUUUUACCUUCUGGUUGUGAAUCAAAAGUUGGCCAGUGUGUAGCUGUUGGUGCAAGUGACUCCUUAAAUUUAGGUGGUUAUGGUGUAGAACUUGCUCUGAAGAAUAUGGAAUAUAAAGCUAUGGAUGACAGUGCAAUAAAGAAAGGUGUCACUUUGGAGGAUCCUCGGACUGAAGAUCUUAGCCAAGAAGAGCGUAAACCUGAGCUUACAUCAGAGAUUAUGGCUUUCCGAGACUAUCUAUUGUCAUCAACAAUAUCUGACACACUUGAUGUUUGGGAACUAAAGGAUUUAGGACAUCAAACAGCACAAAGAAUAGUUGAUGCCUCUGAUCCUCUACAAUCAAUGCAGGAAAUCAACCAAAAUUUUCCUAGUGUAGUCUCUUCUUUGUCUCGCAUGAAGCUAAAUGAUUCUGUUAAAGAUGAAAUAACCGCAAACCAGCGAAUGAUCCCUCCUGGCAAGUCAUUAAUGGCUCUGAAUGGUGCUUUAAUCAAUAUUGAGGAUAUUGAUCUUUAUCUGUUGGUAGACUUGGUUCAGCAGGAAUUAUCAUUGGCUGAUCAAUUUUCUAAAUUGAAGGUGAAUGUUGCUAAAUUAUCUCUUGUUUUAUUUGACAUGCAUAGCAAGGACUAUAGGGAACAAUAUAUUGUUUCUGCUUUAUAUUUUGUAGAUUUGAAUGUUGUUAAUGAAGUUCCGCACAGCACAAUAAGGAAACUUCUAUCAACAAUGUCUCCUCCUGAAUCCAAUAUGAUCCGUGUUGAUUUUCGUUCAAGUCAUGUUCAUUAUCUUAAUAAUUUGGAGGAGGAUUCCAUGUAUAAGCGGUGGAGGAACAAUAUAAAUGAGAUUUUGAUGCCUGUCUUCCCUGGCCAACUACGUUAUAUCCGCAAGAACCUGUUUCAUGCCGUUUAUGUUCUUGAUCCAGCCACAAGUUGUGGUCUUGAGGCAAGUUUUAACUCUGGUUCUGUCAACAUGAUUUUAUCUUUGUAUGAGAACAACUUCCCGAUGAGAUUUGGAUUGAUUCUAUAUUCGUCGAAGUUUAUCAAAAAAGUAACCAGUCAUGGCCUCGAUGUAUCUGCUAAGGAGAAUGAUGCUGAAACUGAGGAUAUAUCCAGUUUGAUGAUACGUCUUUUCAUAUAUAUCAAGGAAAGCUAUGGGACUCAAACAGCUUUUCAGUUUCUGAGCAAUGUAAAUAGAUUACGUAUGGAGUCAGAUCCUGCAGAGGAUGUUCCUCAAACGCACCAUGUAGACGUAGCAUUUGUAGAAACAAUAUUACCUAAGGUAAAAGCCCCACCUCAAGAGAUAUUGCUAAAACUGGAAAAGGAGCAAACCUAUAAGGAAUUGUCACAAGAAAGCUCUAUGUUCGUGUUUAAGCUGGGUUUGAACAAGUUGCAGUGUUGUCUCUUAAUGAAUGGUCUUGUCUUCGAUUCUAGUGAGGAGGUUCUUAUGAAUGCCAUGAAUGAUGAACUUACCAGAAUACAAGAGCAAGUUUAUUAUGGGCAUAUAAAUUCUCGCACUGAUGUACUGGACAAAUUCCUAUCAGAAAGUGGUAUAAGCCGCUAUAAUCCACAGAUCAUUGCCCAAGGCAAAGUCAAACCAAGGUUUAUUUCUCUGGCUUCGGGAGUUCUUGGAGUGGAAUCUGUGAUGAAUGAUAUUAACUUCUUGCAUUCCCCUGGCACCAUAGAUGAUCUGAAACCUAUAACUCAUCUCCUUGCUGUUGACUUCGCAUCAAAGAAAGGAAUAAAGUUGCUUCAUGAAGGAAUACGCUAUCUGAUAGAAGGGUCUAAAGGUGCUCGCUUGGGUGUCCUCUUUAGUUCCAAUCAAGAUUCUGAUUUACCUGGUCUCCUCCUUGCAAAGGUUUUUGAAAUCACCACUGCCUCUUAUAGUCAUAAGAAAAAUGUGUUGAACUUUUUGGCACAUGUAUGCUCAUUUUAUGAGCAAAAGUACAUACUUGCAUCUCCUGUAGCAGCUGAAAGCACUCAAACGUUUGUAGACAAGGUGUAUGAUCUGGCUGAUGCAAAUGAGCUGCCACUAAAGGCCUACAAGUCUACCUUUUCUGAAUUUUCUGUUGAAGAAAUGAAAAAACAAUUGAAUAAGGUGUCACAAUUUUUCUACCAGCUUCUUGGGCUUGAAUCUGGAGUGAAUGCAGUCAUUACCAACGGAAGGGUGAUGUUUCCUGGUGAUGAAGAAGCCUUUUUGAGUCAUGAUUUACAUCUUCUUGAGACGAUGGAGUUUAAGCAAAGAGUAAAACAUAUUGCGGAAAUUAUUGAAGAAGUGCAGUGGCAGGAUGUAGACCCUGACAUGCUAACAAGUAAAUUUGUCAGCGAUGCUAUAAUGUAUGUUUCAUCUGCAAUGGCAACACGGGAAAGAAGUUCGGAAAGUGCACGCUUUGAGAUUUUGAGUGCAGAACAUAGUGCUGUUAUUAUAGAUAAUGAAAAUUCCAGUGUUCAUAUUGAUGCUGUUGUUGAUCCUUUAAGUACAGCUGGUCAGAAGGUUUCUUCACUUCUUAGAGUUCUCAGGAAAUACGUUCAACCAAGCAUGAGAAUAGUAUUAAAUCCCAUGCUAUUAAACCAAGAUGAUCCAAUUUGGAGACCAGUGGAUCCAUCAGCACUCUGUGCCAACGCAUAUGAAUCUGAUUUGGCCUUGAAAAUGAAAACUGAUGAAGGUGCUUUGUUCUCGUAUAAACUCGUCACAUUAGCUUCUGGAGUUGGUUCGCUUGUUGAUCUUCCUCUGAAGAAUUACUAUAGAUAUGUGGUCCCAACCAUGGAUGACUUCAGCAGUACUGAUUUCACAGUAAAUGGCCCUAAAGCUUUUUUUGCAAAUAUGCCAUUAUCGAAGACUCUUACAAUGAACCUAGAUGUUCCUGAGCCCUGGCUUGUAGAGCCUGUUAUUGCUGUCCAUGAUUUGGAUAACAUUUUGCUUGAGAACUUGGGUGACACUAGAACAUUGCAAGCAGUUUUUGAACUUGAAGCUCUUGUUCUUACUGGUCGAAGCUCUGAGCUUUAUGCUCUCAGGGAAGAUGCUGAUGGAACUCAGGAAAAGCAUCUGUCAAAACGUAUCACCAUUAAUGAUUUGCGGGGUAAGGUAGUUCAUCUGGAAGUGGUGAAGAAGAAGGGCAUGGAGCAUGAGAAACUGCUCAUUUCCAGUGAUGAUGAUAACAAUUCACAAAGGAAGGGAACUCAUGAUAGCUGGAACUCAAAUUUGUUUAAAUGGGCUUCUGGUUUUAUUGGCAGCAAUUCCAAGAAGAAUGAGAAUGCUUUAGCGGAGCAUGGGAAGAGUGGGCGGCGUGGAAAAACCAUUAAUAUCUUCUCUAUUGCUUCUGGGCAUUUGCAAGCUAAACUCGAGAUGAGUAACUAUUAUGGGGGAAUAAAAUUAGCUCCUAGGAUUCUUUUCCGAGACUGUUUUCUAUCUUUUCAUUACAAUGGAGGUAACAAGCUCAAACAGCCAUUCGCUGGUGGUUUUGAAUGA